CAGGUAGCAAAGGGACCGGACUGAGGCGUACAGUCUCGGACCCCCAUGCAUGGUCGCCAGGUGGGGGAAGGGCGCCCGGCCCCCUCGCCGUCGAGGGCGGCGGGGGGGGGGUCAUCUCUGGGCGCGAGGGAGUUAAGUCCGGUGGCCUCGAUGCUCCACGUAGUAGCUGGCUCAGGCCGCCGGCUGCGGUCAGGGCCACCGUAUAAAUAGGAUGGGAGACCCGAGCGCCCAGGACUUGCCGCUGCCCGCACUCGGCCGUCGCUGCCCCUAGCCCCGGCUCCAGGCGUCCCGGCCAUGGCCCGCGCGAUGCUCCUACUCAGCCUGGGCCUUCUGGCCGGCCUUUUGCCGGCGCUGACCGCCUGCCCCCAGAACUGCCACUGCCACGGAGACCUGCAGCACGUCAUCUGCGACAAGGUGGGGUUGCAGAAGAUCCCCAAGGUGUCAGAGAAGACCAAGCUGCUCAACCUACAGCGCAACAACUUUCCGGUGCUGGCUGCUAACUCGUUUCGGGCCAUGCCGAACCUCGUGUCGCUGCACCUGCAGCACUGCCAGAUCCGCGAAGUGGCCGCUGGCGCUUUCCGCGGCCUCAAGCAGCUCAUCUACCUGUACCUGUCCCACAACGACAUCCGCGUGCUGCGUGCGGGCGCCUUCGACGACCUGACUGAGCUCACCUACCUCUACCUGGACCACAAUAAGGUGACUGAGCUGCCCCGUGGGCUGCUGUCCCCACUAGUCAACCUCUUCAUUUUGCAGCUCAACAAUAACAAGAUCCGUGAGUUGCGCGCAGGCGCCUUCCAGGGUGCCAAGGACCUGCGCUGGCUCUACCUGUCAGAAAAUGCGCUCAGUUCUCUGCAGCCCGGAGCCCUGGAUGAUGUAGAGAACCUCGCCAAGUUCCAUCUGGACAAGAACCAGCUGUCCAGCUACCCCUCCGCUGCCUUGAGCAAGCUGCGGGUGGUGGAGGAGCUGAAGCUGUCCCACAAUCCCCUAAAGAGCAUCCCGGAAAACGCCUUCCAGUCUUUUGGCAGGUACCUGGAGACCCUCUGGCUGGACAACACCAACUUGGAGAAGUUCUCAGAUGGUGCCUUCGUGGGUGUGACCACGCUGAAGCAUGUCCAUUUGGAGAACAAUCGCCUGAACCAGCUGCCCUCCAGCUUCCCCUUUGAUAACCUGGAGACCCUCACCCUCACCAAUAACCCCUGGAAGUGUACCUGCCAGCUCCGGGGACUUCGGAGAUGGCUGGAAGCCAAGACUUCUCGCCCAGAUGCCACCUGUGCCUCACCCGCCAAGUUCAAGGGCCAGCACAUUCGUGACACGGACGCCUUCCGCAGCUGCAAGUUCCCCACCAAGAGGUCCAAGAAAGCAGGCCGCCAUUAAACAGGUGCUGACACAGCCAGUCCUGGUGACUGGCCUCUGCCUUCUGCCGGAGAAGACUACUGACCUUCCCACCGCGUCCACUCCUCCCUACAGCCUCUGCUGAUGCACAGAGCUGCCACACCGACACGCGUCCUGGCAGAGGGCCUCAGGCACUGUACCACCAACCCCGCUCCCCUGGGGGUACAGGGGAGGACCCACAGCCCCUCUCAACCUUCAUGGCUGGCCCUGUUGUGGCUCCUCUCAGAGAAGCUGUUGCCAAUGCCCUCGAGUCCAGCAGGACCAGAACAGGGUGAUCAUCAGGAUGGUCACCCUCCCAGAACCAUCUUUCUUCUAUUCCCUCUUUCCCUGCCAUUUGGAAACAAAUAUCAGACCCUUAGCCCACCCCUUGCUUCCAGAAAUGGUCUCAGGCCCCUCCUCCAACUCUGCCAGUCCCACCUGCCAGGACGUUCUCACAGGACACCAGUGCUUGGCUGCACAUCCUCCCAUGCUGCAUUUCUGCCCCAGAUUUCUAUAAGUAUAAAUUUAUGUAUG